AUGCCUGCUGUCGAUUCCGCUCGCUUUCGGCCAACGACGCCGCCGCGUCUUUCUCUUGAGGAAUACAUCGACUCUGGACAUAGUCGUCAUGCCUCCAACUCUUCGGUUUAUUCAAGCGAGUCAUCUCCCUGGUCGACUAUGACUGGAAAUACCAGUCCUACCACGUCGCCAACCAGACAUUAUCAUGGCCCGAAGCUACUGCCUAAGAUCAGACCUCAAGACGUCGUGAUUGAGCCAGUGUCUGCUGGCGGGCCUCUUCGCCACCGUCGGGUUCUGUCCAAUACACGGAACCCGCCUCCUGGAUUUAUCUCUUACCCACCGGUGCGUCCAUCUGCCGGCCGUCGCACCCGCGAAGUCGCGGACCGCUUGGCAUUGGCCUCUCCCAUCUCACCGGCGCCAAUGACUACACAGGGCAGCUUCCCUACCCUGUCAUCGCCCGUGACCAUCACCCCUUCAUAUAAGCGUAAGGCAGGCGGGGGCCACUCACGCUCGGUGUCGGCAUCUGUAAUCGAUGCCGCCACUUUAACUGGAAUUGGGUAUCCUACAUACCGGGGACUGCCUCAAAUGCAGGCUCAGACGACCCCGACCACCCCAGUCACCCCAGUCACUCCAAACAUCAUGCCCUGCCCAUCAUACUCUCAACGCCUGGGGGGCCAACAUUCUCCUGCAAACACACAAACUCCAUUGACAGUACCGACACCUCAAUACAACUACCGCCAGGCAUCAGCUGCCCAGCAUUCACCAGUCUUACUCAGUCCCCACGAAGACCUAGCCCCAAGGUCCACAACUCUACUGUCGUACCUGACUCUACCAAUCCAGCCAAUCAACCUAGUCCGCAACGUGAGCGUAAUUCCGACUCGUGGCCUACACGAUUACUUCUGGUGGGACAUCCGCAACCUGCGCAGCUGGAGCUCCUUCUCACUAGCGACAUUCGACUCCCUGGACAGCCGACUAAUCCAGCUCCUGAAGACCGAAAUCCCAGCAGAGCUCACACCGCACGUGCCCGUACCCUCACCAAGCCUAGCCCCGGAAUCCGAGCACGACCUAGUGACUCUAAUCCGCGACCUCUAUGCACCACGCAUCAACGCUGCCCUGGCCGUUUCCCAAGGCAAAGACCACCUCCAGCUCUACGCCGCCCCAGACGUCCGCAACACAGGCCACAAAAAUCACGGCCACCCGCACUUCCUAGCAAAUUAUCUCUCAGACACCGAGCAAACAAGCGCUGGUCUCCCGCGUGGCCGACUAGUUGGCAUCGUGAAAAGCUUCGACCGCUGGAACACCGGCAUGCGCAAUGAAGCCCCCCCACAGACGCAGAUCGAGCUCGUCUGCGUGAGAGCAGGCUGCGACCCCGGCGACGACGUCCCCUACUUCGGGUAUCUGGAGAUCGCGGCAUCGAUCCCGCUCAAGGCAGCAGCUGUGAGGGGCACGCGAACACACACGCGUGAAGCACCGCUCGCAACGCCCAUCAGUGCGCGAUCUUUCUCGUCGUCAUCGAGCUCGUCGUUCAAUUCGCACCAUGACUCGUCGGACCAGGAGCCGGUUGAGGAUGCGUUGCCGGCUAUGACGGCGGGACUGGGGUUGUAUUUCUUGUUGAUGCUUUCGAAGUCGGUGCCGCUUCCGCACCAGCCUUCUGCUCACCUCAACGUUGGCGGACCUGGUGCGAUGACUCGUCAGAGAAUUCUGGCUGAGGCGAAGGAUAAGUGGAUUCCUGAGCCGCAGAUUGGGGAGAGGAGGGAUGCGAAGAGGGUGAGGGGCUGGGUUUGGCCUUUGGAUCCUUGGCAUCGGAGGGAAGGGGGUGCAUCCAGGGCGAAGGCCGGGACGAAGACAAAGAAGUGGCAUAAAUAA